AUGGAGAAGAAAAAUUUCACCUCAGAUUUUAUUCUCCUGGGACUCUUUAAGCGCACCAGGUCUCAUAUCUUCCUGUUCGCUGUAAUAUUGACCAUAGCCAUUGCUUCCCUAAUGGGCAAUGCCCUCAUGAUUCUUCUGAUUCACAAGGACCACCGGCUCCACACACCUAUGUAUGUUCUACUGAGCCAACUCUCCUUCAUGGACAUGAUGCUGGUUCUCACAGUUGUGCCCAAAAUGGCAUCUGGCUUCUUGACAGGCAAGAAGUCCAUCUCCCCUGCAGGAUGUGGGUUACAAAUAUUUGACCCAAUCACCGUGGAUGUUGGAGAGUGUUUCCUCCUGGCAGUUAUGUCUUAUGAUCGCUAUGUGGCUGUGUGUCACCCACUGCGUUAUCCCAUCCUCAUGAACUGGCAACUAUGUUUGCAAAUGACUAUGGCUUCUUGGUCCCUGGGGGCAGCUGAUGGUCUCCUGCAGGCAGUUGCUACUCUGAGCUUUCCUUUCUGCAGUGCACACGAGAUCAAUAAUUUCUUUUGUGAUGCCCCCAUGCUGAUGCGUUUGGCUUGUGCUGACACUACCCUUUUUGAAAAUGCCAUGUACGUCUGCUGUGUGUUAAUGCUCCUUAUACCUCUCUCCCUUAUUCUGACUUCUUACAGUCUCAUUCUAGCUGUGGUUCUCCACAUGCAGUCUACAGAAGCCCGUAAGAAGGCCUUUGCUACAUGCUCCUCACACUUGGCUGUGGUGGGAUUCUUUUAUGGGGCUGCCAUUUUUAUCUAUAUGAGACCCAAAUCCUACAGAUUGGCUAAUUAUGAGAAAGUCGUUUCAACUUUCUGUACUAUUUUCACCCCUAUACUGAACCCACUAAUCUACAGUCUUAGGAACAAUGAGGUAAAAGGAGCCUUGAAAAAGUGGCUUGAGAAAGACUUAAAAUUUAAAACAGACUUAAAAUUUCAGUGA